AUGAAGUCCUUCGCACCUCUACUCGUCCUCGCUCCUUUCGCUUCAGCAGCUCUCACAUCCAUGACGCAGAACGAUGUCACCAACGGCAGCGGCUGUAAGGCUAUGACUGUUCUGUUUGCUCGCGGUACCACCGAGCUUGGUAAUAUGGGUACCGUCGCGGGUCCUCCAUUUGUCUCCGCAAUUGCCAAGAUGAUGGGUGGAGCACAAAACCUUGCUGUUCAGGGUAUCGAGUAUCCCGCAGACAUCCCCGGCUUUCUCGCCGGUGGUGAUAAAGCUGGAAGCAAGUUAAUGGCAACCAUGGUCGGCAAAGUCAUGGCGGCAUGCCCUAAAACUGCGCUUGUCAUGGCAGGUUACUCUCAAGGAGGACAGCUCGUUCACAACGCAGCUACUAUGUUGCCAGCAGAUCAAGCGGCCUUCGUCAAGAGCGCGGUCAUCUUUGGCGACCCAAACAACGGCGAUGCCGUUGGCAGUGUUGGCGCUGCCAACACCAAGGUCAUCUGCCACAACGGUGACUUGAUUUGUGCCGGCCAGAGCGUCAUCCUCGCACCCCACUUGACGUAUGGUCGCGAUGCACGUACUGCCGCUGCCUUUGUCAUGUCCACCGCCGGAGCUGCUGCGGGAAAAUCAGCUGCGGCCGCCGCAAAGGUUGUCGCUGGCAGUGUUGCUAAGAGCUUCUCUGCCUAG